AUGCCACACCAAACCACGCCUCUAGUGUCUUUAUACAGUUCGAAAAGCUUGGGUGACUUGCGGAGGAAAUCGGAGAUCUUGUGGGGCUUGGGGAGGUUGAUUUGCCUGCGGUGUUGGUCGAGAUUUCUCAAGGGGAUUAUGUUUUCGGGCUCGGAUUUGAGAAUCUCGAACAAGUGUAGGAUCUUCAUAACCAUCUUGUGUUUUUCGGUCACGAUUUCUAGGUCGUGCACGCGUUUGUUCUUGCUCCGUUCAAAAAUAGUUGAUGUCGACGUGUAUGGUGUAGGACGACGCCGUCUAUCGCCGGUCACGAAACUAGGUCAACAAAUAAGAAAAACUGAAAAAUACGAGCUCUAUUUCCCGUCAGACACCGAGUUGUGGCUGCGAUGGUGGUUCAUAUCUUGUUAUGGUGUUUCAGGGACGGCGGAGGAUGGAGGAGAGAGGCGGCGGACGGCGGAGAAAAUAGAAGAAGGGGCGGGCCUACGAUUUGUGUCACGUAAUCGCGAUGGAGGUUUUGGGGGCCGAUGGUUGUACGGGAAUUUAAGGCGUCCUAUCUCCCCAGCUUUUCAUUUUUGGUGUUUGUUCUCUGUGAAAUCCAUGGAUCCUGAAGAAGUUGUGAAACUUUGUAACCGUCUUCGAUUAGACCUGGACGAGGAGCCGAUUCUGUAA